CCCCUGGUCCUGUCCUGUCCUGUCCCUGCAAUUCGGGAAAGAGAGCAGAGGAGCAGCUGUGUGAAGCCCAGGACCAGGGCGGGUGGAGGAAGGCAGGCGCCGAGCACACACCUGGGGCCUGCCCCGCCGUGCCUGCCUCCACUGCACGCCCCCCCCCCCCCGUGGUUGGGACCCUGGGCCCCCGCUGGGUGCAGCUAGUUCUGAACUGGCCUUGCUGACUCUGGGAGUGAUGGUCCCGCAAACUGCCCCGAUGACCGGUCCACUUCCAGCAGGGGACAUGGCUCCUUCCCGGGCCAGGAUUCCAUGGGGAGCGGCCAGUGAGAUGGGCCUGAGUGCUGUUCUGUGCAGCCCCACUUAGGAGGUGAGGGGUUGGGUAGUCUGCCAGCCGCCCCACCGAUGAGGAGACCCCAUCACGUGGAGCCCCCAGCUGCUCCCCGGCCUGGCCCCUCCCCCCAGGGAAGGCAUUCCCCAGAGCUCAGCGCCAGGCAUCUGUCUGCGCCUCUCCGGCCACUGGGGGGCAGUGGAGGCCCUGGAAGCCGCUCAGCCUUGAAAGAUGAGGUCCGGCUUCCAGUUCUGGAUCCCGAUCUGCUGGGAGGGGCAGAAGGAACAGAAGCAUAGAGGAGCCAAUGACCUGCCCCUCAAGGAACACCCUGCAUGGGAAGGGGAGGACCCGGGUUCAAAGGGAACUGGGCCACAGCCUCAAAGGAAGGCAACCAGACAGACGCUCACUAUAGUGGACAACCCCCCUGGGACCCUCCAGCCCAGGAAGCAAGUGACGAUAGGCGUGCGGCGUCCUGGGGGUGCCCCUCAGGAAUGAGGCCUCUCACCCCACUGUGGCUCCACCCCCGCUGUCACUCCAGGGGCAGCCAGGUGUGCUUCCCCUGCUGUGCACUAGGGUCCCAGCACCCCCACACCCGUCCUGUAAGGACACUGCAGGUGCAGAGGCCUCAGAGAGCUGGAUCGGAAGAGGAGCAGGCAGCAGCUUUAUCCGCUACGCCACAGCGCCGGCCCCUUUACUAAUUGUUGACACUAAAAAUCCCCCUGUGGGGCUGGCACUGUAGCACAGCAGAUUGGCUGCCACCUGUGACUGGCACCCCAUGUGGGAGCUCCGGUUCAGGUCCCAGCUGCUGCACUUGAGAUGAGCUUUGUGCUAAUGUGCCUGGGAAGCCGGCAGGUGCUGACAAGUGUUUGGGCUCAGGGCCAGCGUUAUGGUACAGCGGGUCAAGCUGCUGCCUACAAACCCAGCACCUGAUACGGGCACUGGUUCGAGUCCUGCCAGCUCCACCGGCCAUCCGGCUCCCUGCUAAUGCUCCUGGGGAAAAAGUGGAGAAAUGGCCCAAGAGCUUGGGCCCCUGCACCUGCAGGGGAGACCUGAGUGGGGUUCUGGCCUCUUGGCUUCAGCCGCAGCCCUUGGAGCCACUGAGGAAUGAACCAGAUGAUAGAAGAUCUCAAUCUCUUUGCCUUGCAAAUGAAUAAAUAAAAAUCUAAAAGACCUCAUUUGGCAGGUGAACCAGCUGGCUGAAGAUCCGUCACUGCCUUUCAAAUCUUUGAAAAGGAAAAUCUCCCUACAGUGGACUGUUUAUUACUUGAAAGGAAGGAAGACAGAAAUGUUCCCUCCAACAGGGCUGGGCCACCAGGAGCCAGGAACUCAACCCAGGUCUCCCAUGUGGCAGGGACCAAACACUGAAGUCAUUAUCUUUUAAAGAUGUAUUUAUUUGAAAGGCAGAGUGACAGGGAGAGACACAAAGCAAUUUCCCACCCACCCACUGGUUGAAGUACUUGGGUCCCUGCCACCCGUGUGGAGACAUGGAGUUCCUGCGUGACCCAGCCAGCUGUUGGAGGGGGACUAGCAGGUGGAAGAGCUCUGUCUGCCCUCCAUUUGUCGGCCACGUUGCCUGCACUGUGGCACAGAGCUGAGCUGCAGCUUGCGACACCAGCAUCCCAUACUGAAGAACCGAUGCAAGCCCCCGGCGCUCUGCUUCCAACCCAGCUCCCUGCUGAUGCGCCUGGGAGAGCAGCAGAGGACGGCCCGGGUGCUGGGAGACGGGCCCCGCCCUGGCUGUGGCAGCCAUCUGAGGAGUGAACCGAUGCAUGGAGGAUCCCUCUCCAUCACUGCCUUUUCAAUAAAUACAUCGUUUCCAUGCCAGGGCCUGGAGGAGGGAGGCCACCAAGGGGGCCGCCUGUUCAACACAAGCGACGUUUUCUGAGCGCUUAGCGCUUGGGGUGGGGGGGCAGCUCCUUUACUCCUGUCCCCCAAGAAGCGAGAAAACAGAGGCUCAGAGAGGGGAGGUGCAGGGUGUGCCGGGACAGGGCCAAGGGACAGCUGCACCCUGCACCUCGGCUCCCUCCCUCACCUCCCCAGACGCCGCUGAGGCAGCCUGUGCGUGCCUUCUUCCCCCGCCCCUCAGGGGAAUUGCGGCUACCACAGGUGCAGGGGCAGCUCCUCCCCCGCUCUCAGGCCCAACAGCCAGAGAGCCCAGCACCGGGUCAGCGGAGCCCAUCUCCGCGAAGGCUGGGCCGGAAGUGGGGUGGGGCUUGGCGUGGAAUCUGGUACCCCAGGACUGCCGCAGCUCAGACCAACCAACCCACGGGGAGAAGAUGCCUGGGGGUCUGCGAGCCCGCCCAGGUCCGCCUGCCCCCCUCCUCCCCCUCUUCCUGCUGUUCCUGGCCUGCCUGGGCCCCGAGUGCCAGGCCCUGUGGAUAAAGGAGGGCCCACCGUCCAUGACCGUCAGCCUGGGGGACCGGGCCCACCUCCCGUGCGAAAACAACGGCAGCAACAGUGCCAACGUCUCCUGGUGGUUCAUCGGGCAGGGCAACUGCUCGUGGCCACGCUACUACCUGGGCCAGGCCUCCACGGAAAGUGGCGAAUGGGUCAUCGCCAAGGUGAACAAGAGCCACGGUGGCAUGUACCAGUGCACCGUGAAAGACGGGGACAUGGAGCGGCACUCCUGCGGCACCUACCUCCGAGUGCGCGAGCCGCCCCCCAGACCCUUCCUGGACAUGGGCGAGGGCACCAAGAACCGCAUCAUCACAGCCGAGGGCAUCAUCUUGCUGUUCUGUGCCGUGGUGCCCGGGACGCUGCUGCUGUUCAGGAAGCGCUGGCAGAAUGAGAAAUUCGCAGUGGACGCCCAGGACGACUACGAAGACGAGAAUCUUUACGAGGGCUUGAAUCUGGACGACUGCUCCAUGUACGAGGACAUCUCCCGGGGCCUCCAGGGCACCUACCAGGACGUGGGCAGCCUCCACAUCGGAGACGUGCAGCUGGAGAAGCCAUGACCACACCAGCCCCCACGCCCCGGCCUCUCCACUGUCCCAGACCUCUGCAGCGAGAGUCCCCCCUCUGCUCCCCUCCCCCGCGGGAACGAGCCCCUAAUCGACGGGCAGCGUCCUAGUGCCCCCGCCCCGCUCUGUCAUGGCCACUUAGUGAUAAUAAAUCCUUUCCCACUGCCGA